GACGCGGCAGAACCCGCUACUCAACAGCGCUGAAAAUUCAUUCGGUUCCGUAUGGAUAUUACAUCCAAGACUGUUCAAGUAGUAGGCAUGAUUGCUGGGGAGAGGCCGGUAAAGGACCCUGGGUUGCCGUUCAAUGCAUUUUCAGAGGACCUUGUCAUUUUUCCCAUUAUGAUUCAACCAGGACCUGCUACAGAGCGGGGAUCACGAGCUGGAACUCGAACGUCGGCUCCGAGCGGGUAUCUCCACAGUAAGAUGCAACAACGGCGUGAACCCGUCCCGUUAAACAAUCUGCCUCCUCGACGUUUUGUCUCUCGUUCUACUGAUGUCGGCAAGCGGGUCAAAUCCGCAGAAGAGGAGCUACCCUACAUCUGAAACGACGGCAACAGAUCCAGAAGAGGUCCUUCAACGUGACCUGAAGAAACACGUCGAAGACGAGCUUGCCGGUCACGCAUGGGAGUUUGAUGCAGUUGAUGUGUUGUCUCCCAAGAUUCUCAAAAAGGAGCACGAAGAUCAAGAUUUGCUGGAGCUCGGUCACUUUGACAUACUCAUUGAUCACCCUCAAGUCAUCUACGCCAUGACACACGCGUUCGGGGACGUGCCACAUCCCAACCCAUUUUCCAAAGCAGACUAUGAUAAUAUUAGCCAUUUUCUCAACGAGUGCGUUCGGCGUUGCCUUGACGCGUAUGAUUCGAUUCUCGAGACACCUAUGACUCCGGAUCUCCAAGCAUGGGAAUUGCAGCCUUUUGGUGCAGCCUUUUGGCCUGCUCUCCUAUUCACAAAGUAUGAUAGGCCGACUGGGGACAAGGUCAAAAAUGCCGCACCUUUGAAGCCAGACAUUGUUGGGGUAGCCGUCACAGACGCGCCACCCAAUAACUUCGUUGCUUGCUGGAGCAAAUUGCCCAAACAAAGCAAACGGGAGCCUCGGAAGAUCGCCAUAGCGGUGGAAGUAAAAGCUGACUGGAAGGACAUGCUGCUCCAGAGCACUACUUAUGGACGUGCGCAAUGUAAUGACACUCCAUUGCGUACAUUCACCGUAAUCGUCGCCAUCAAUCAUGCUGCCGAAGCCCUCCGUGUUCUCAUCUUCCACCGCGGUGGCCUCUCCGCGAGCAAGGAAUUGAGGUUGACAACGAAAGACUGGAAAGCCCACAGCAUCCCUCAGUUCAUAAAGGUCUUGCUGAGUAUUUUGCUCUGGCAGACGCCUGGCGACGCUGGGUAUCCAGAGUUCACGGAUACGGAGAAAUUUGUGUUCCCUUCUGGAGAGGAUAACAUCGUCCAAGGGAUUCAAAAGGAAGUGCUCCACAACCGCCAAUCAUCCUGUGGCCGUAAUACCUUCGUGGCAUUGAUGCAGCCUUUCUCCUCGUUGGACAACGAAGCAAUUUCCCCAACUCUUUUGGCCUCAGGAACGGCCAAGCCGUCCACCGGUAAAACGUCGACGCAUGUUUCCACUGAUACUCGUCCACCGAUGGAACAAUCGCAACUACCAAAGCGGAAGCUCGAGGCAGAAUCCCUGCCAGCGGUGGCGCCGAAGAAACUUAAAUUGGAGCAAAUCUCCACGAAGGAUGACGACAGCGAUGAAUACGAUAUAAUAUCUCCAUCGCCAUACAACUUCAAUGGUUCAUUCAAUAUCCGAUUCCGUGACCACCGAGCGAUUAGGAAGAAAAGGGUAUACGAAAAAGUGUCCGAAUCCUUCAUCAUGAAAGGCUCUUGGCCUCCCCGUGCGAAGAAAGAUGUGGAGCACAACAUGUACCAGGCUUCAAAGGGCGAAUUCGGAACCGCGACUCUCCUCUCGUCGCAUGAGCCGCUCAAUUCCAGAGGUUGUAAAUCGACCAAUUCAUACAAUUCAUACUUCCUUCCAGGUCCCAAUUUGAAGUUCAGCGAUUUUCAUCUCAAGGAUAUCGGUUCCAUCUGUCCGGAAGAACCGGAUUACCGUACUUUGGCGGUGACCCUUCUUCGGGAUCAAGGCUGCAGCCUCGAAUACUGCGAUACCGCUUGGGAUUUGUGCAUUUGUCUUGCGCAUGCUAUGCUCGGAUGGCUUUCGACAUAUCAAUGCGGGUAUAUGCAACGAGAUGUUAGUAUCGGGAAUGUUCUCAAGCUGACGCAACCCAUCAAAACGGCACCAUUCAAUAUCAACAAGUUACACGAGUUUCACGACGCCAUUAUGCGUGACAAUAAGAGUGUGGGCGAACUCAGUGAUGCGGUGCGGGACAAAGUCAUGGCAUUGGACUUGGAGGGAGGGAUCCAUGAUUCAAAAACAGCUCAGGAGGCAAAGGAUGAGGUCAGGAAGGUGAUGUCCGCUGCCGAGGCUCUGCAGGGGGGAAUUGCGGAACUAGGGCUGUCUGUCGAUGCGACCGAGUGCUGGGCAAUAAUUUCAGAUGGCGAUCUCGCAUCGUACAUCCCCACCUACUUGACUAGAACAGUCACUGCGGAAUCAAUAUCAGGAACCUAUGAGUUCAUGUCCCCUGGUGUCCAUUUGGCCAUAGAAAAAAAAACUCCGUACCUCCACAGUCCAUUGGAUGAGAUGUUUUCGUUCUUCUAUGUUGCGUUGUGGGCGACCUUCUGGAAUAUCGAAAAAGGUCAUACCCCGGAUGAAGAUCUUUGGCGUGAUGGCUUACGAAGUAAGGAACGUGAUGCCCGAGUGGUUGGCCUUCUGGUCGAGCGCUUCACGGAAGCUUCCCAAACAUAUGCUCCGAUUGCCGCUGGGAUGCUCCCUGUUCUGGGUGAUUGGUGGGGGAGGCUUUCGCAGUUGCGGGACUCGUUCAUUGCGGCCCUGCAGGCGAGUCGAGGUAUUCUUCGCUUGGUAUACUUUGAACAGUUGGCAUAUCGUGGCGUUGCAGACUUCAUCCAAAUUCUCCAGAUAUACGAGACUGCCGAUGGAAAUGACGAAGAUCUUAGAGGAUUGAGCGACGAGGUCAAAAGAGCUUACAACGUUAUCUUACAGCCACUCGAAAUGUGGACUGGCCAAGCCGGAGAAAUACCUCCUGACAGAAUUUCUCUGAUCAAUGGAUUCUGCUUGGACCUGGAAGGGCAGAUCGAGUCGCUCAGACUCGAGCCCCAAAAGGUCACAAAGAGAGCGGUGUUAGCGAGCGAGAUAGCCCAGAAAAUAAACGACGUGAGGGCCUGUAUCAGUAAUGCUCUCUCCCGUUUCGCUACAGCAGCAACAACCUUGAACCUCCUUCAUACGAUUCAAGUAUCAAUUGAAUGUGAACUCUCGAAACUCCCAAAAGCGAAUGCCGAAUACUACUUACGUGGUUCUGGAACAGGGAAGACCGCGGUAUUGCUUCCACCCUUAAAAGCCGCGGUGCUUUGGCGGCGCCGUUCUUUUGGGAUAAGAAUCGAAAAGGCACUGGACUGGACUCCAUUGAACGCUUUGGAGAGUGUUACGGGUUCCGUUCCAGAGAGGCAGAUGAAGGUUUGGGUCAUUGACCCCAUGCGUGAACUCAAGGAUGUGUUGUCUUCAGGGAAGCAUCGCUCCGUCAUCGUCUUGGAUGGGCUCCAUGAAUGUGGUGAUCUAGAGGUACUUGAAUCCUUGGUGAAGCUCGUACUUAUGCUCCCACCAAUGUUCACCGUACUGGAUGUCCAGCUUCAGACUCGGCAUGACCAUCCCAACUCCGAGUAUCUGCAAAUCCUUCAUCGCGCCUAUAUUGUGAAUGGCAUCAUUGAGCAGAACGAACUCAACAUCCCCACUGAGCGUCCCUUGGGAGAUAAAAAGAAGUGUCCUACCAUUCAAAGUCCGGGUUGUAUUGAUGGUGAAGCAGCCUAG